AUGGAACGCUACAAUUUUAUUCGCAGCUAUUAUUCAAUUCUUCGCUUUUUUGUUUCAAUUUAUUUUAUUUUAAUUAAUUCAAUAUUUUCACUUUACAAUUCGUUUUUACCUUCAAAAACGCUAAAAUCGCGCGACUUGGUUCUUGCAUAUAUUGAAAGAUUGAAAAUUGUCAACGAAACGGUAAACGGCUUAACCCAAAACAACACAGACGCAUUGAACUUGGCAGAGAAAUGUGAUAAAGAAUUGGCAAAUAUGACUAAGGAAAAAAGAAAUGAGGUGAAAUUUGAAAAAAUAAAAAACGCCAGAAAAGACAAAAUGCCAAAAAUAAUAUUAAAUGCCAAAUUAAAUGGCAUUCUAUCCAAAAAGCUGGCAUAA